AUGCUCCGCACGCGAGCUCUACGAUUUCCAGCUCCGGGAACUGGGUGUGCCGCCGAAGAUCUGGACACGCUGUCCCGAUUCGGAUACGGCGGAAGCGGAAGUGUCAAAGCGGGUGAGGGAAUUUGGGGUGGUUCCCUUACCCCCAGUCCCCACUUCGCCGCUAGCAUCAAUCGUUCGCACUUCUCAAAACACUGGGAAGAAUACGAAGUCGACAUCAACCAACCCGCCAUCCCAUGCAUAUGGUGGGAGAAAAACAUCACCAUCUUGGAAGAUGGAGUGUUGUUGCGAGAAUAUGAGGAUUUGUAUGAGAGAUCGAAGGAAAAGGGUGGUCCGCAAUUCACCCCCUCCACCUUUCUCGCCCAAAUCUUCCACACAAUCAACACCAGCAUCCCCCCUUCAAAAAAGCGAGGUGGCAAAAACAAUCCCCCCAACGACGACAACCACUCCAUCGACAUCUCCGAGCUCUACGAGCGCGGCCGACAAGAUCUCGAGCGCAGUAGACAAGAUCUCGCGCGUUCAAAACGUCGCAGUGCUCACAGCAGAGACGAAGCAGCCACGAAACCGAAAAUGUUGAACUCCGCUGCCGAUCGCAAUCAUGCGGUCCUUCCGAAGCGCGAUCCACCUCCACCAAGUCUACACGUGAAUUAA